AUGAAAACAUACUCCAUCCUUAUACUAAACAAAGCCGGUGGUCUUAUAUACCAAAAUGAAAUCCAACCUGGACUUUCCAAACUCACAGCUAACGAUUAUCUUGUUCUAGCGGGUACUCUUCAUGGGGUACACGCAAUUGGAUCAAAACUUACAUCAACGAUAAAUUCAACAACGUCAUCAAAAUCAGCCGAAGAUUCCAACUCGCAACACAAUGCUCAGAUUUUAUCUACAGGUAGACAAAUGAGUUCAAAUAGUAAUCGUACUGGAUUGAAAAGUGUGGAAACCGAUUUGUUCAACUUGUACAUAUUUCAAACUGUUAGUGGGUUGAAAUUCGUUUUGGUGACAAUGCCCAACUUAGACUCCGUUGAAGUACAACGUACUAAUGAUUUAUUCAAACACUUGUAUGUGGCUUAUUCUGACUACGUUAUGAAGAAUCCUUUUUAUUCUAUGGAUAUGCCUAUCAAAAGCUCACUAUUUGAUGCAAAAGUUAGAGAAAUAUUACUAUAG